AUGUUAGAUAAGAAAGCAGACAAAACAGAGCUUCAAACAUUAAAGACUGAAAUACUUCAAACAUUAUAUCCUGUUGGUUCUAUUUAUACGUCAAUGAACUCAACAAAUCCAGAAACAGUUUUAGGUUUUGGUACGUGGAAGCAGAUUGUAGAUAAAUUCUUAUACUGUGCUAGAUAUUCAAAGCAAACAGGAGGUUCGAAGAAAAUUAAAGAAGCAAACUUACCUGCGCACACUCAUACAGGAACUACAAACUUUUCUGGCGACCAUAGCCACUCAUUAAGAGACCACCCAUUAUACAACUCAGAGUAUGAAGCUGGCCAUGACGUUUUAUCUCCAUCUUAUAACAAUUCAGCAAAAAAGAUUUUUCGACCAACUGAACCAGGAGGAAAUCAUGUCCAUACUUUCACAACAAAUCCAACAGGCUCGGUUGCAGAUUAUAUGCCACCAUUUGUGACUAUAUUCGCAUGGUACCGCGUUCAAUGA